AUGAAGAACCAUCAAGCUCAUGGCAAAAAACAAUGGUAUUGCUCUUCCCGAGAUGUCCAUGGAUGUCGCGCUGAUGUAAUUACAUACAGAGAUAUAUAUUACCUACCGUCUCAUCGAAGCGGCAGUAUGGUUCUUAUUUUCAAGGAGAAUAAAUACUGGAUUAAUAAUCGAUAUCAGAAUACAAUAAAUUGGACUUGCAGAGACAGGAAGCGUAUUGGUUGCAACAGUUGUGUUCAGACUACGGUGGAAGGACGCUACAUCAAACAUAAGGGCUUUCAUAAUCAUGAAGAUAAUUAUACUAAAUAUAAUUUCAAUGACUGA